AUGGUCGACCAGCUGUGGUUGUGGAUUCUCGGCGACGACACGAUAAUAUCCUGUUGUCCGCUUCGCUGGAACUCCUGGUUGCCGAAAGGACUUGAAUCGAAACCGGAGCCAGUCAUGCAAACUCCGAAACAGACCCUUUAUUUCCAAUGGAUAUCCAAUACGCUGCAACAGGAUCAGAGUUCAAAAAAGAUUCAAAGAGGGGAUAGAUACCAGAGGCCUAAGCACAACACAGCAAAGCAGGGAACAUGGCCAGAGAUCAACUUGAACGACCCUUUGAGUGUGCCCCAGUUGGUCACGCAGCACCUAUCGAGACCCGGCAGAAGUGCAGUUGGCUCUGUCCAUGAUCUGGCAAGCCUCAUUACCACAUGCUGCGUUGAGUUGCUCGACCCUCACAGAGUCGACGAAGACUUUCUCUUUUUCGACUUUUUCGAACGGUCGAUUGGCCAAGCAAACGAAAAGGUUUCCAAAUAUCUGAGAGAGUUCAAAGGGGCACUGAGCGAAGGCAACCACGAAGUCAUGGACAUUGCCGACGAGACAGAACUCAUGAUCGAAGUCGACGACAUCUUGGACGAGCUGCACACCCUGAAGCUGGUUUUGACGGAUCAAAAGUCUGUGAUUGAAGACCUCAAUAGGAUUUUCAAGGCAACAGCAAAUGCUGGCGGUAGAUCCCCGUCCGUCGAGAUGAGGACUUUGAACAACCACCUCGUACGGAUCGAGCAGAUGGAACAGGCAGCUUGGAAAGUAGAUAACUUGGCUAGCUUGAUGGAAGCUUUGUAUGCCCGAGAGUCAUCUAUAGACACUGCCCGGCAGGGGAAAAUCGUAAUUGUCUUUACAGUCGUGACUAUUCUCUUCCUGCCCGUAUCCUUCAUUGCAUCAGUGUUCGCGAUAAACACCAAUGGAUUCCCUCUCGACUCGAAUGACAGAAUUCCCUUUGACUACCUUAUGAAGCACAUUUUGGCUAUUGGGCUGGGUCUCUCCGUACCAUUCAUCGUCAUAGCCUUCAAUGUCGACAGGAUAGCCGGAUGGCUCAAAGCCCUUCGUGAUGAAAGCGGGCAUUUAUGGAAAUGGGGAUUCGGCAUCUCCGCAGGUCUCGGACUGUUUCUGGCCAUCUUGGGGCCUAUUUUGACAUCGCAGCUUUCCUCGGGUAUUAAGGCGGCAGUCUUGAUCCUUAUAGGUUUAUUGGCCGCUACGGCAGUAGUUGCCUACGGUAUUUAUCACCGUGUCUUACGCAUGCGCAAGAUUUCCAUGACUGUUACGUCUAUCUCAGAUAGUAACACGGGAUCACUUCGCGAUUGA